AUGUGUCACGCCGGUCGUCGACUACGCGUUAACCGUAUGGUACGACCCGUUAAGAGACAAGACCCAUCUGCGACACCUAAACACAGUACAGAGAAGCUCGCUGAUCCGCAUCUUAUCGGCGUUCCGAACAGUGGCUAUAACGGCGUUAGAAGUAGAAGCGCACGUUCUCCCCACCUAUCUUUGUCUUCGCCACCGAGCCCAACGCACUAUAGCAUAGCUGCACACUUUGCCUUAGGAAUAUCCUAUCUGGAGCGCACUGCCACGGGCCCAGAGACGCAGAGACAAUAUGAGGUCACGCUUCCGGUUUCCGCUCGCGGAAACUCUCAAAACUAUGGACCCGCACUAGAGACGAUCGACCCACGACCGCUGCCACCGUGGCGUCCAGAUCCUUUCACAGAAAUUAAGGUCGGCUUAGACCGAGAAAUAGCGAGAGAACGGGCCGAGACCGUCCGCUUAACAUCAGACAUAGUCGUCUAUUCGGACGCCUCCGGUCGCGAUAGCCACUUGGGGGUAGCUGCGAUAACACUAAACAAUAAUAUAGACGUAGUUAAAUCACAACAGGUUUAG